CAGUGUCACAGCAAAGAUUAUAGGGCAUUGAAAACUAUAGGGCUUUAUCUCCUACAAACCGCCCCAACAUCUCCACUGAAGUUUCCCCUCAAUCAUCAAGCAUCUCUUCUCAUCAAGAUGUGGUAUCUCAUGAUGCUCCUCCUGUGUCCGGCGUUAUGCUCCACUCUUCCACAAGAUGGGAGCUUAUCGAUAACGGUGAGAAAGCGAAACGACUUAGCAACCGGCAGCAGUUGCAACUGCCAAGGUCUUAAAUGCGGCCUGGUGGGUAGAACAAACCGAGUUGUCGGUGGCAGCGAGACGACGCUAACCGAGCUGCCCUGGAUCGCUGCAAUGUUUUAUAAAGGAAAACUUUACUGCGGUGCCGCACUUGUCAGCAACGAGCACUUGGUCACCGCCGCGCACUGCAUCAACAGGGUAGACAAGCGGCACGUGGAAAUCGUGUUUGGAAGCCACAACAUUUCCGAUGUCGUGGAGGCGGGACGGCAGACGCGCCGGGUAGGCGACUGGUGGGCGCAUCCAGGCUUCCAGCGGCGCAGCUUCAACAACGACAUCGGCGUCAUCAGACUUAGUGAACCUCUUGUGCUGGGCACAGACGUCAGGCCUGUCUGCCUACCUGAGUCGGGUGGAGAUUACGUAGGUCAGCAUGCCAUCGUCGCAGGCUGGGGUCGAGUUAGCGAGAAGGGUCGCAACAGCGAAGUGCUCAGGAAAGUUAGAGUUCCAAUCAUGAGCAACGAUGAGUGCAAGACCAAGAAGUACAGACCUUCGGAGAUCACCGACAACAUGGUCUGCGCGGGCUACGAUCAGGGCAAGAUUGAUGCAUGUCAGGGAGACAGCGGCGGACCAAUGAUGUUCGAGACCAAGAACAACGCUGGACAACGCCAAGUUGACCUCAUCGGCGUGGUGUCGUGGGGACAAGGCUGUGCCAGGCCAGGUUACCCCGGCGUCUACACGCGCGUCGAGAACUUCAGUAACUUCCUCAGGCAGCAGAUCGGCGCGUCCUGCCUCUGCCCCAGAAACUGAAGGAAAACUUCGGCUCUGGCAAAACUUCAGUCAAGUUUCAUCUUCGUGAAAGAAUAGCGGAUAAGUCUUACGGGAAUACAUUUUUCUGCAAAUAUCUAGGCGCUGGGUCAUUAUGGUAGUCAACUUAGAGCUCUUAAAUUGAAGUCAUAUCUUCAAGCCGUUAUCAAUGAAGUCAACUUGAAGCUUUUUCAAUCGAAUUUUAAAUAUUUUUAUUUCCAACUGCUCCUCUGUCGAGUUUUAUCAUUAGUUUAGAAUUCAAUCAACUUUCUGUCCUCGGCUGAAUUUUUUUAAUUCACACGACUUCUCGCAGAGGAAAUAGAACAAACAUCAGAAGUUAAAUUUAUUCGUUGAACUCGACAAGCAUCUAAAAAUUUCUGAAAUGAAAUAAAGACUCCUUGUAGCCAUGUCAGUCUGAAGAAACUGAGUCAUAGGUCAGGGCUUCAUUUUACUAAAACUAGGAGCAGUGAUUUCGUUGCUUAUAAUGAGAUUAUAUUAAUUAAUUUAUGUAUUAUAUUGGAACACAGCGUCCCCGAUUUACGAUAACGUCGCCUCAGUGAGGAAUAGCUUCUAAUGAUCUCAUAUCGUUUUGCAAAUUUCGCUUAUAAUUAUUAUAUUUAAAUAUUUAUAUCUUAUUUAUUCUAGUUAUAUUCGUAGAUACUAAUUACGCAUCACGCCGAUUGAAAUAAACAAAACGGACUAUGUUAUUGCAUACACGUCAAUAUAAUGUAUGAAGGCCAUGUUCCAGUGCUGCUUCUUUUAUGAGUCAAGCUGUUAAAGAUAUUUAAAGUAAAAAAGAACAAGAAGAAAAUUUGGUCUGGUUUGAUCUUUUUUAAAAACAUACCCAUGCACGGCCAUAUUUGGAAAUGGAGCGGUGGAGUGAUACAUUUAGUUUUAUAGUUACUUUGAAUUUAAUUUUAUAAUUGUGUGAUCAGCGUAAUUGAGCUUAAAAGUUUUAGUCACUGAUGUCUUUCAUGUGUUCCACUUGUUGAAUAAAAGUCGUGCU